CCCCGCUUGGCCCCGCCCCUUGCCGGAGCGCGGCAGCGGUGGUUGCAGGCUGAGUGGUAGCUGAGGGAGGAGGAGGAGGAGGAGAGGCACCUGAGGCGCAGGAUCCCUCUCUCGGGCCCGUUCCCCUUCAGGAUGUCUUCGGCGCCGGACGCGGCCUCCGGGGACGAGCUCAAGCAAGCCAAGGAGAUGGAGGACGCGGAGAAGUACUCCUUCAUGUCCACGCUCACCAAGGCGCCCAAGAAGCAAAUCCAGUUUGCAGAUGAUAUGCAAGAGUUCAGUAAAUUCCCAACCAAGACUGGUCGCAGAUCCCUAUCUCGUUCCAUUUCACAGUCUUCCACAGAUAGUUACAGCUCUGCGGCAUCCUACACAGACAGCUCUGAUGAUGAAGUUUCCCCUAGAGAAAAACAACAAACUAAUUCCAAGGGCAGCAGCAAUUUCUGUGUUAAGAAUAUCAAGCAGGCAGAAUUUGGCCGCCGCGAGAUAGAGAUUGCUGAGCAAGAUAUGUCUGCACUGAUUUCCCUAAGAAAACGAGCUCAGGGUGAGAAACCGUUGGCUGGAGCUAAAAUAGUGGGAUGUACGCACAUUACAGCACAGACUGCAGUCUUGAUUGAGACACUCUGUGCACUAGGAGCUCAGUGCCGUUGGUCUGCUUGCAAUAUUUAUUCUACUCAAAAUGAGGUGGCAGCUGCCUUGGCUGAAGCUGGUGUUGCUGUGUUUGCCUGGAAAGGAGAGUCAGAGGAUGACUUUUGGUGGUGCAUUGAUCGCUGUGUUAAUGUGGAUACCUGGCAGGCCAAUAUGAUCUUGGAUGAUGGGGGUGACCUAACCCAUUGGGUUUAUAAGAAAUAUCCAAAUGUUUUUAAGAAGAUCAGAGGUAUUGUGGAAGAGAGUGUGACGGGUGUGCACAGGUUAUACCAGUUAUCAAAGGCUGGGAAACUUUGUGUUCCAGCCAUGAAUGUCAAUGAUUCUGUCACAAAACAGAAAUUUGAUAACCUGUAUUGUUGCAGAGAGUCAAUCUUGGAUGGCCUUAAGCGGACAACUGAUGUGAUGUUUGGAGGGAAGCAAGUGGUGGUGUGUGGCUAUGGCGAGGUUGGAAAAGGGUGCUGUGCAGCUCUGAAGGCCUUGGGAGCCAUAGUUUAUAUUACAGAGAUUGAUCCCAUCUGCGCUCUUCAAGCCUGCAUGGAUGGAUUUCGGGUAGUAAAGCUCAAUGAAGUCAUUCGCCAGGUGGAUGUAGUUAUAACUUGUACAGGAAACAAGAAUGUUGUAACUAGGGAGCAUUUGGACCGAAUGAAGAAUAGCUGCAUUGUGUGUAAUAUGGGCCAUUCUAACACUGAAAUUGAUGUGGCUAGUCUUCGUACACCAGAGCUUACCUGGGAGCGUGUACGUUCUCAAGUGGAUCAUGUAAUCUGGCCUGAUGGCAAACGUGUUGUUCUACUAGCUGAGGGACGACUUCUCAAUCUGAGCUGUUCAACUGUUCCUACAUUUGUUCUGUCCAUCACAGCAACCACCCAGGCUCUGGCUUUGAUUGAGCUUUACAAUGCACCUGAGGGACGAUACAAACAAGAUGUGUACUUGCUGCCUAAAAAGAUGGAUGAAUAUGUUGCAAGCUUGCACCUGCCUUCAUUUGAUGCUCAUCUGACAGAACUAACAGAUGAUCAAGCGAAAUAUCUGGGACUCAAUAAAAAUGGGCCCUUCAAACCAAACUAUUACAGGUACUGAUGGACCAUAAAGCUGAAGGACCAGACCACAUAAUCUACACAAGAGCUUUAGCAAGAA